ACUCCAGCAAGGAACUUAUCAUCCAUAAAUGUCUAUCAAACUUCUGCUCCACCCAUUGUCUCCUCAUGUCCCACCUGCAACUCCCACCACCACCGGAUCUCCCUCAUUCUCUGCCGCCGGUAACCAUCACCGCCACAUUCUCUCCUUAUCCGCAACAUGCACAACCAUAUCCCAGCUCAAGCAACUCCACGCCUUCACUCUCCGCACGACUCUCCCAGACGAAACCGCCACCCUCUUUCUCUACGGCAGAAUCCUCCAUCUCUCUUCCUCCUUCUCCGACGUCAAUUACGCCUUCCGGAUCUUCGAUUCGAUCCAACAAGAAAACCAUAGCUCCUUCAUGUGGAACACGCUCAUCAGAGCAUGCGCACAUGACGUUUCGAGGAAAGAAGAAGCGUUUCUUCUUUACCGGAAAAUGUUGGAGAGAGGAAAAUCAACGCCGGAUAAACACACUUUUCCAUUUGUCUUGAAAGCUUUAGCUUAUGUGUUCGGAUUAUCCGAAGGGAAACAGGUUCAUUGUCAGAUUUUGAAACACGGGCUUAGUGGAGAUGUGUAUGUGAACAACGGUUUGAUUCAUUUGUAUGGAUCUUGUGGAUGUUUGGAUUUAGCACGGAAUGUCUUCGAUGAAAUGCCUGAGAGAAGUCUCGUUUCUUGGAAUUCGAUGAUUGAUGCUCUGGUUCGUAUCGGAGAGUUUGAUUCAGCGUUAGAGAUGUUUAGACAGAUGCAAAAAUCUUUCGAACCAGAUGGUUAUACGAUGCAGAGUGUUUUAAGUGCUUGUGCUGGUCUUGGAUCUUUGUCACUAGGUACUUGGGCACACGCGUUUCUCUUGCGAAAAUGCGAUGUUGCUAAUGCCAUGGAUGUUCUGAUCAAGAACUCAUUCAUCGAAAUGUAUUGUAAAUGCGGAUCCUUGAGAAUGGCAGAGCAGGUGUUUCAGGGGAUGCAAAAACGUGACUUAGCUUCAUGGAACGCGAUGAUUCUAGGGUUUGCUACACACGGAAGAGCAGAGGAAGCUUUUGAUUGCUUCGAGUGUAUGAAUGUUAAACCGAACUCAGUCACGUUUGUUGCUCUCCUCAUCGCUUGCAACCACCGAGGCAUGGUGAACAAAGGGCGCGAGUAUUUUGAGAUGAUGGUCAGAGAUUACGGCAUUGAACCUGCGUUGGAGCAUUACGGUUGCAUCAUCGAUCUUGUUGCUCGUGCAGGCUACAUUACAGAAGCUAUUGAUAUGGUGAUGAGCAUGGCGAUGAAACCAGAUGUAGUGAUUUGGAGAAGUCUUCUUGAUGCUUGUUGCAGAAAAAGUGCUAGUGUGGAGCUAAGUGAAGAAAUUGCUAGACGUGUGAUUGAAACAAAGGAAGAUAACCAAAGCUCAAGUGGUGCUUAUGUUCUGUUGUCUAGGGUUUAUGCAUCAGCUAGUCGUUGGAACGAUGUUGGAACUGUGAGAAAACUAAUGACUGAACAUGGAAUCAGGAAAGAGCCCGGAUGCAGCUCCAUUGAAGUAAAUGGAAUUUCACAUGAGUUUUUCGCAGGAGACACAUCGCAUCCUCAGACUAAGGAGAUAUACCAACAGUUGAAAGUGAUUGAAGACAAGCUAAGAUCAAUUGGUUAUUCACCGGAUCGCUCUCAAGCACCUUUAGUGGAUGCAACUGAUGAUGGUAGCAAAGAGUAUUCACUUAGGCUCCACAGUGAGAGACUUGCUAUUGCGUUUGGUAUGAUAAACUUGCCACCUCAGACUCCGAUCCGUGUAUUCAAGAAUCUACGCGUCUGCAGCGAUUGCCACGAGGUUACUAAACUGAUCUCAAAAGUAUUCAACACUGAGAUCAUCGUGAGAGAUCGUGUUCGGUUCCAUCACUUCAAAGACGGAUCCUGUUCUUGUUCAGACUAUUGGUAGCAAAAACUAGCCGCAGAGAGCAAUUGAAAACAAGAUUGAGAGUAUUUUUCAUAAGUUUGGCAAUCAAGCAGCAUCUCUAAAACAAUCAGUUUCUUAUAGCUGAGCUAACAACAAAUCAUUUGCAGCCAUAGCCUUCAAACAUAUACAUCUCUCACUUGAUGAACUCUUCUGCUACUGUUACAUGGAAGAAAAACAUAGUAACAAGCUUCAGUAUCAGUGUCAAAGGAAUGAUUUUUUUGGAUUUAGGACAGAAAGAAACUAACUUUUCGAUGAGGUCGGGACUAAGACGACGGUCAUGUCGGCAUUGUUCGGCGG